GCAUCAGUGCCACCUGUUUUACUGGUGGGGCUGAGCUAAGGACUGGAAGAGGGAGGAGGCAGACAACUCGGAGAGGAGCUGGGAAGCAGAGCAGAGUUACCGCUGAAAAGAGGUGUGAGGGCUUGGGCAGGCUGGGGGUUCCAGUCUGGAGGGGCAGAGUCGGAGACUGGCAACCUGCAGGGAUUAUUAGGCCCAGGAUCCAGGAUCGCAGCACCUCUCCUGAGCUCCCUGAUCCCAUCCUGCAAAUACCUCCUGGAGGCCUUCACCAUCAUGGCUCAGUCCUCAAGAUGCAGCUCCAUCUGGGCCCAGUGCCUCCAUUGCCUGUAUAGCUGCCACUGGAAGCAAUCCCGCAAAGAGAGGAUGCAAACCAGCAAGUGUGACUGUAUCUGGUUUGGCCUACUCUUCUUCACCUUCCUCCUCUCCCUGGCCUGGCUGUACAUCGGGCUCAUCCUUCUCAAUGACCUGCACAACUUCAAUGAAUUCCUAUUUCACCACUGGGGACACUGGAUGGACUGGUCCCUGGUAUUCCUAUUGGUCAUCUCUCUACUGGUCACAUAUGCAUCUCUACUAUUGCUCCUGGCCCUACUCUUGCAACUCUGCGGACAGCCUCUGCGUCUGCACAGUCUCCACAAGAUACUGCUGUUCCUCAUUAUGCUUCUUGUGGCUACUGGCCUCGUGGGACUGGAGAUCCAAUGGCGGCAGGAGUGGGACAGCUUACGUCUGUCACUACAGGCCACAGCCCCAUUCCUCCAUAUUGGAGCAGUGGCCGGAAUCACCCUCCUGGCCUGGUCUGUGGCUGAUAUCUUCUACUGUAUGCAUAAAAAAGGACCCAAGAUUCUGCUACUACUCUUAUUUUUUGGAGUUACCUUGGCCAUCUAUCUGGCCCCCCUAUUCAUCUCCUCACCCUGCCUCAUGAAACCCAGAGACUUACCCCCUAAGCCUGGGCUGGUGGGACACCGAGGGGCCCCAAUGCUGGCUCCUGAGAACACUUUAAUGUCCUUGCGGAAGACUGCAGAAUGUGGAGCUACUGUGUUUGAGACCGAUGUGAUGGUCAGCUCUGACGGGGUUCCCUUCCUCAUGCAUGAUGAGCAACUGAGUAGGACCACGAAUGUGGCCUCUGUGUUCCCAGACCGAAUUACAGCCCACAGCAGCGACUUCUCCUGGUCUGAAUUGAAGAGACUCAAUGCCGGGACUUGGUUCCUACAGAGACAGCCCUUCUGGGGGGCCAAGAAAUUAUCAGGCCCUGAUUGGAAAGAAGCUGAAAAUCAGACAGUACCAGCAUUAGAAGAGUUAUUGAAGGAAGCUGCAGCCCUCAACCUCUCCAUCAUGUUUGACUUGCGCCGCCCCCCGCGAAACCACACAUACCAUGAUACCUUUGUAAACCAGACAUUGGAGACUGUGCUGAGUACAAGAGUGCCCCAGGCCAUGGUCUUUUGGCUACCAGAUGAAAAUCGGUCCAGUGUCCAACAGCGGGCUCCCAGAAUGCGCCAGAUAUAUGGACAUCAGGGAGCCAACACAACUGAGAGACCCCAAUUUCUCAACCUUCCCUACCAACACCUGCCAUUGUUGGAUAUCAAGGCACUACACCAGGAUAAUGUGUCGGUGAACCUAUUUGUUGUGAAUAAGUCAUGGCUCUUCUCCCUACUCUGGUGUGCAGGGGUGGAUUCAGUCACCACCAACGACUGCCAGCUGCUGCAACAGAUGCAUUACCCUCUCUGGCUUAUUCCCCCUCAAACCUACCUAAUGCUGUGGAUCCUCACCAAUGGUAUAUCUGCCCUACUGCUUUUGUGGACCUUUCUCCUCCGAAGGAGAUGUGCUACAGAGCGAGAAAGAACUGGCUUAGAAACAUCAGUGCUGCUGACCAGGAUCAACACUCGCAUUCCGGAGGGAAUUCACUGCCCUGGCCCCUCAAACACUGAAGCUGAGGCCUGUCUGCAUUACCCAUAAGGGAGAAUGGCUGAGGUGGACCAUCUCAGGGGUAGGAAGUGGGGGUGGGGAGAAUUUGAAUCACGAGGCUCUCCUGUAUGUAGAUGGUAGGCAAGCCCCAAGGUGACAUGGUAUCUAAAACAGAAGAAGUGAAAGAAAGACGGCCAAGACAAUGUUCUAGACCUGUGUGUUCAUGUUCUUGUGAAGAAGGCACAGGGUGUGUCAGGGGUGGGACAUCUGGGAAGAGUGACUGGGCUUUCUUGGAAAACUAUAAAAUGAUUAGGAUGUCUUCCCCACCCCAUGCGCUGUCUCCCCGAUCCCUGUUAGCUGCUUUCUGACCUAGAAGCUGGGGGGCUAAAGAGUCUAUCUAGCCAUGUAAUUCCAUGGCUACAGAUGGCUUUUGUGCUGUUCACAGUCUUUUCUUCAAGAAAAAUGUGGUUCCUGUACUUUGUCUGUUAAUCUGCUAUUCAAUGAAUUUCAUUCCUGUUG